AUGGCCACACCAGGCUCUACAUUCACGAGAAGGCAACUCCUGAACCACGUAGUGGAUAGGCGUGCAAAGGAUACACCUGACUCUGUCUAUGCAGAGUACCCAAUUUCUACAACAGGUUAUGACGAAGGCUUCCUCCAAGUAACAUAUGCAGACUUCGCAAAUGUCAUCAACGGCCUUGCCUGGUGGCUGCAUAACACGAUCGGUCCCGGUAUAAACUUUGAGACGCUGGCAUACAUUGGACCACUGGACAUCAGGUACAAUGCUCUCCUGCUGGGUGCAGUCAAAGCAGGUUACAAGGUCUUGCUCACUUCACCACGAAACAGCCUGCCAGCGCACGUCAAUCUAUUCAACUUGCUAAGUUGUAAGAAGCUGGUAGCACCCAAUCCAGCUCCCCAGGCGGUCACCACGAUAGUCGCUUCACACGACAUCGAGGUUCUUGAGAUCCCGUCAGUCGCAGAUCUUUUGACCCAGGUACAUCCACAAUAUGCUUAUAAGAAGUCCUUUGAUGAAGCCCGCAAAGAUCCUCUUGUGGUACUACAUACUUCUGGAACAACGGGCUUGCCAAAACCUAUCAUCUGGACUCACGAGUUCGCCGACAGCUGGUUACACUGGGUCAGCCUUGAUGCGCCUGCCGCGUUCAACAACCAGCACAGUUUGUGGUCUCCCGGCAGAUUGUUUUUCUUAUUUCCUCCAUUUCAUGCGGCUUCCAUGUUCGGGUCGAUUCUCGGAGCAAUCUUUCGAGAGACAACGAUCAUAUUCCCACCCGCUGGAUUGAUACCGUCUGCUCAAGUACUAGUUGAUGGGCUGAAAUAUACCCACGCUACUUGUGCUGCCAUUGUCCCUUUGGUAGCCGAGGAAUUGUCAAAUAAACCAGAUCUACUAGAUUUUGUCUCCCAGAAACUACCGUCAAUGUUCUAUUCCGGAGGUACUCUCAGUCAAACAGUCGGCGACAAGAUUUCGGAGAAGAUGAAAUUCUUUUCCAUUAUUGGAACCACGGAGACUGGACUGUUUCCUACCAUUUACCCAGCCGAUCAAUGGCCAACCGCAGAGUGGAAACACUUCCAAUUCAAUCCUGAUUACCGGUUUGAAUUCCAGAAUGCUUCGGAAGGGGAAUACGAGGCAGUCAUUGCGCGCCAUCCCGACGGCGACAAGGAGCAACCCGUGUUCAAAGUCUUUCCGGACCUGAAAGAAUAUCGAACAGGAGAUCUAUACAUACCGCAUCCGUCAAAGCCAAACCUGUGGCAGUACCGUGGAAGAGGAGACGACAUUAUUGUCUUCCUGACUGGUGAAAAGACAAAUCCUACGACGAUGGAACAAAUGAUCUCCAGCCAUCCCAAAGUCAAAUCUGUUCUUGUCCUAGGCUCAAUGAGAUUUCAAGCUGCACUUUUGGUCGAGCCUCAGGACGCAGAAGCUCUAUCUGUCGCGGAGCGAGCUGACUUUAUCGAAGAGAUAUGGCCAACAAUUCAAGCUGCCAACAUAGAUUGUCCUCGCCAUGCACAGAUCAAGAAAUCGCACAUUAUGUUUAUCAAGCCUGACAAGCCUAUGCUCCGAAGCGCUAAAGGCACUAUUCAGAGAAGACCGACGUUGAAUUUAUACGAAAAGGAGAUCGAAGAACUUUACGCCGACGCGGAGAAAGUUUCAGCUCUUGAUGUGGAAGAUCUCGACAUGUCCACUUUGUCGAUCGACUGCAAGGAUUACGACGCUGUCGCUUCGUUCUUGACAGAGACUCUCAGCAACUUUAUGGACUCCAAGACCUUUACAGAAGAUGAAAACUUCUUCCUCAGUGGCGUCGACUCAUUACAGGCACUUCAAAUGACGCGCCGAUUGAAAGCCAUGCUCGCCUUGCCUGAUCUCGAAAUUAGCACUGUAUAUGCCAACCCGACCAUCAAGUUGCUCACGAAGGCCAUUUUGAGCCUCGCCGAAGAAGGGAACGCGACAGAUUCUUUGGAGCAAUCAUCUCGGAUCGAUAUCGUCGAGACCACGAUCAACAAGUACACGGCGCUGAUUGAAGAUGUUGCGCAAAAUGGGACCGGAAUCCCGCUUUCGAAACACGAUUCAGGUAUCGGGAUUCACGACGAAAGAGUUGUCCUUCUCACCGGGUCUACCGGUGGGAUUGGAUGCUACAUGCUGCAAGCACUGCUCUCAGACUCUUCUGUGGCGCACAUUUUCUGUCUGAACCGAGCAGAGAACCCAGAAGCUCUUCAGCGAGCACGUUCUUCAGCUCGUGGUCUCCCUACCAACUUCCCAGCCCAUCGGGUGACUUUCUUGACAACAGAUCUAGCCAAGCCGCAACUCGGUCUUGGGGAUGAGGACUACUCUCGGCUACAAGACACUGCCACCAACAUUAUUCACAAUGCCUGGCCUGUGAACUUCAACUUGACGCUACCUACAUUUGAACCACAUCUUGAGGGUGUUGUCAAUCUAGUCAAGCUCGCUGCAGCCACUCCAGGACGUGCCCAUGUCACGUUCAUCUCCUCUGUUAGUUCAGUCAUGGGAUCUUCUCAGAACCCCAUCGCAGAAGGAAUCAUUACGGACGCUUCUGCUCCCUUGCCCAUGGGAUAUGGACAGAGCAAGUAUGUUGCUGAGCGCAUCCUUGGAUACGUCGAGUCCAAGAUCGCGAAUGUUGAUGUCACAGUUGUCCGGGUCGGACAAGUCGCCGGUCCAGCGUUCGCACCAGGCUCGUGGAAUAAAUGGGAGUGGUUCCCUAGUCUUGUCGUCAGCUCAUUGCAUUUGGGUAUGAUUCCUGAUUCUUUGGGCAAAGGCAGGAAUAACCAUAUCGAUUGGGUACCCAUCGACGUUCUGGCACACACACUGGUUGAGUUCUCCCUUCCAGAGACACGUGAGAAAAGAAGAGUGAGUGUGCUCCAUCCUCAAAACCCAAGACCAACAUCAUGGGAUGGUUUGAGACCUAUCGUGGUUAAGGCUCUGAACGACGCAAUGAAAACCAAAGGGCGGGCAGAAGAGAUCCAAGAGGUGGCCUUGAGUACAUGGAUCGAACGGGUGAGGAGAGACGCAGCUUCAAUCGAUACCGCGGGCAAAUUGCAGGACAUGUUGCAGUUCAAUCCUGCAGCCAAGCUUCUUGAUUUCUACCAAGGGCUGCUUGUUGGCGACGAGAUGUCCGCAAUGGAUGGAGAUAGGGCUUUGCAGGCAAGCAAGACACUGAAAGGCCUGGACGAAAUUCAAGCGGACUGGGUGGAGCGAUGGGUUCAUGAUUGGGUUAAGGCCUAG